GAUUAUUUGAAGUACGGAUUAGAAACUCAUCGAACUGGGAAAUGAGAAUUGCCUUUCAAAAUGAAGUGAGAAGCUCAUUUUCAAGAUAGUUUGUUGAUAAGACACGUAAAUCAUAAUAAGUCUACGAUGAGCGACAAAAGAGCUGCAAGCCAAUCGAGUGGGGAUGCAGGUAUGGGGGUAGUAGAAGCCGACCCUCAAAGAAUGCCGAUAAGCGGCCGCACUGGUGCAAUGGUCAUGAGAAGCGUUUCGAUCUUCUUGGCGAGCGGUCGAAAGGUGUCGGUCGCCUCGCGCAGGCAGCAGUCAGACUCGAGCUGCGCAUUGGGUUCAACGGCAACAGGCGCUGCCGACAGACGUGGUUCUUCCAGACGGGACUCGCGAGCUUGCAAGCUCAUAAUGCCCGGUGAAAAGAAUCUGGCCAAAGGAGCAGCGGCUCAUCAGGCUAAACUUAUAGAAAGCUUGCGCCGAAAAACUAAAUUUUCCAGACAAGAAUUAGAUGCUUUGUGUAAAAUAUAUAGUAAACUUAUCGCAAACAUAGGAUCGCGAAGGGAUCUCUCUACUAAUAAUGGCAUAGCAAGCUUUUUGCAAAAUACUGAGGGUAUUGACAGAUCAAUCUUUCGGGAAUUAUUACACAACACUUUUGAUUUGCUAACUGAAGAAAUUUUGGUUGAACGUAUGUUUUCAUGUUGGGACCGAGAUAGCGAAGGGACCAUACGACUUGAACCAUGGAUUCUUGGCCUCGAUGUAUUUUUAAGAGGAAACAUACGCGAAAAAAUUGAAUUUUGUUUCAGAGUUUAUGAUCUCAAUGGAGAUGGUUUUAUCACAAAAGAUGAAAUAUUUUUAUUAUUCAAAAACUGUCUCAUGAAACAACCUGGUGAAGAAGACCCAGAAGAAGGUAUAAGAGAUCUAUCGGAAAUGACUUUGAAAAAGCUCGACAUCGAUCACGAUGGAAAAGUUUCGUUUUUUGAUUAUGAAAUGACUGUCAGACAAGAGCCACUACUUCUUGAAGCCUUUGGUCAAGUUCUACCAACCCCAGAGAGUGCGCAAGCUUUUUUAUUGACUCUUAAAUCUACAUAAAUCUGCAGAUUAAAUAUGCAGUUAAAUAUAUCACCUUGUCGAUAGCAGCGCCCAGUUACGAAUAAC